GUAGAACAGCUGCCUACACUUUGACUGGUGAGUUCGUCGUUGCCGUCUGUGUUGCUGAUUAGUUUUUCUUUAGGUUCUUUAGGCUUGCUCAUUGAUCAGACCAGCGCUGAUCAUCAUCUGUCCUCUCUUAUCAUCAUUCACUGUUGGGUAUAGUCACACCUACGCCUCCAGACCUCGCACCUUCACGUCCGGUCAUUGUAUCCUUCUUCAUUGGGGUUACAUAUAUCGCUCGUCAUCAUUGGAGCCCACCGCGAGGGAGGGUUUUUGUGAUUAUACUUGUUCAUUGCUGUCUCACCUUUCUUUAGGUUGCCUGGAGUAGCCUACUCAUUAGCCACUGGAUGGUUAAUCAACCUGAACACCAACCUCAAUCAUCAUCAACACCGUUAUCCUUCACCGAAAUACGUCAUCCAAGGUCAGAGCUGGACUCUGACGACGAUCAUCCAACUAUGACAGCCUCAUCCUCAGCCAUCGUCUGGUAUGACGGCAAAUUUUUCGAACCCACAGCCUCCAGCUGUAAAUAUUCAUCCCUAUUCCAUUCCUACUCACCACCCAGACCCUCAUGGUCCAGUACAUAGUCAUGUACCCUCCAGUCAUCCUUCCAAUAGAAUGUUUGACGGUGUCUAUGCUGUCGCUCUUCCACCGCUCUACUCCCGUGAAGCCCCAACACAGUUUCGAGGAUCAUAUGCCAAGGUCGAAGAUUUCAUUAAGCAUUUUGAGAGAUUGCUAGUGAAGUAUGGAAUUAAUGAUGAGAGAGAACAAUGUGAAGGAAUACUGGAGUAUUGUUCUACCAAAGUCCGAAGAACCAUACAGUCCCUCACUGCAUACCAGCUAGGAUCUUGGAAGAAGUUGAAGAAAGAGAUUCUUCGCUUGUAUGAUGCUGACCGCGCUCAGAACCGAUACCAACCUAGUGACAUUCAGGCUUUGGCUUUGAGACAGGCAGCUCAUCCCAUUGACAACCUAUCCCAAUGGUUGAAGUAUGUCAGACGUUUUCAAGAAAGAGGUGGUAUAUUGGUUCAAACCGGAAGAAUGACUGUCCAAAUAUAUGCCACGUAUUUUUGGUUGGGAAUUCCACAACGUUUGAAAGGAAUUUUGGAGUUGACCUUGCAUGCCAAGAAACCUCUCAGGGAUGUUUCUGAACCCUAUCCAGUUGAGGAGGUAUGUGAAGCUGCAGAACAUUUCUUUAAGCGGUCCAGAUUUGUUUCCAUGGUACCUGAUGCUGGAGCCUUUGGAACCCAGCAACAAGAAGAGGACUCUGGAGAGGACUCGGAAUCUGAAUCUGAAUCUGAAUCUGAUGAGGAGGACUAUGAAAAAUGGAGGAAGAAGUUCAAGGAAAGAAGGAAGAAGAAAUCUCGCACCAAGUCAAAGAAUAUUAAAAAUUCUUACCCCGCACCAACAGUCCCCAUGGCACCUGCAGAGGUUUCUAGGACAACACAGUUCUCAGGACCUCAAUCGGAAGUUGCGGAUCUAAUUACCAGAUUAAAUUCAAUGCAGUUGGAUCACCCGGAAUAUGGGACAUUGUAUUACAGGGCCACCACUAUGGACCCACACAGCAAGAAUUGUAUCAAUAAAAUUCCUGGUCCACAGUUUAUACCCAACAACCGUCCACUAAAUUCCUAUUCAGGAGGGCAAGGCAAUAGACCUCCCAAUAAUUUUUCCCGUGAUGGAAGGGGAAUGGGGGUUAAUUCAUAUGAACAGCGACCACCACUCAAUUCCUCCUUUACCUGUUUUGGAUGUGGAAACCCUAAACAUCGAAUCACUGAAUGUCCCUUAGUAACCGAACGGAUCACCAAACAAGAGAUUAAGUGGUGUCCAGAUCGCCGGAAGUAUGUACUCUUUGAUGGAACUGACCUUGGACGUCAUUCACCUGGCGAAACUUUAAUUCAAGCCAUUGAGCAGAAUAUACGGGAAAAAGAAUCACGUACCAGUCCGUCCCCAAACCAGGCAAUGCUUCUCACCAUAUCUGACGCCGUCCAAAAUUUCUAUGCCCAACAAGGAUCCAGUCAGACCAAUGACAGGGACGAGGUGGAAUAUGAAACAGCAACUGAAACAAGCGAGGACGGGUCUUCUGGUAAAUCGGCGGAUGAAUCUGAUGGUUAUAGUGGAAUGUGGGGCGAAUCUGAAUCUGAAUUAUUGGAAAUAUCGAAAGACGAGGACUCAUCACUUACUUAUGACACCAAUUUGGCCCAGGCUAACAUUCAUUUAGGGGCUGAUCGUACUAAAACAACUUCCCGGAGCUCCAGAAACCAUGUACAACAGGGUCCGAGAGAUGAUGCACGAGAAUUAAGAGCCAAAAGGGCAGUUCAUCCACCCAGAAGGGCGGAUGGUACUACCCCAACGUGGCAAGAGUCUGUAGGAGUCCAUAAACGGUCACCAAGAGCAGGGACGGUGAAAGGAAAUGAACCAGAACGGAUUUCGGGAAAAAUCCCCGAAGUAAAAGAACGGAUCGGAAAUAAAGCGCCGAAUAUGCUGCCGGACCGAAAUAAAAUGGACACUAGACCCGAUAAUUCCGCAGCCGUGGAACCGGCGCCGCCGACAGCGCAAAUUUUGCCGAAUCCGGCGGCAGAAAACUUGACACAUGGCCAUCCGCCUUCUUUUCUUCCCUCCCAUCCUCUCCCAUUCGAUGCCCGCCUUCCGUCCAAGCGAAGGGCAGUUUCCCUUGAACCCGAGCUUCUGGUUCAAGGAAAAACUAUUCCUCAUAUGUCUUCUCGACCUCCCACACAGCAACGCGUCAAGAUAAAUACACCAGAAAUCACGAAAGUCUCGCCAGAACCCACACGCAUUAGACGUGAACGCAAGACUGACCUCGCCAGACGCGUCGAUACGCGAGAGAUCGUCUCCCAGCUCCUUGGAACAACGAUUCAGAUGCCAUUAGGAGAUAUGUUAGGAGUUUCCAAGGAGGUAAGUUCGAUUUUUCAUGAAUUAACUAAAGUAAAGGUCCCCAGGGCAACGAAAACCUCCAAAACGGUCCUAGCACAAGUUAAUUCACGACCUCACACGGCUACCUACCUCACUCACAACGCACAACUCAUCGAAAUUCUGUUGGAAUUCGAAGGAAACCAUAUCCGGGCGAUUAUUGACACUGGGUCAAUGAUCAACGUGAUCAGUAGUCGAACAUACGAGGCCGCCAUUCGCCUUCCAAUAGAUUUAGGGCGACAAACCAUUAUGCACGAUGCUAACGGCGGCGAAGGCGUACUGCGUGGAGCAAUUGACGGACUAAGAUUACUUUGCGGUUCGGUACAAACCGUAGGAUUCUUCUACGUUGGUGAGUCGGUCCCCUUUGAAAUGUUGUUAGGGCGACCAUGGCUGAGGGAGAAUGCGGUUAGCAUCGACGAGAGACGUAAUGGGACAUACUUGGUCUUCAAGGAUAGGGAAAGCUGGGAACCGCGAUUUGAAAUGCUUGCUUCAACCAUUUUGGGCCAACGUCCGCAAUUCAGACUUGCUGGAAGGGUAAAAGGUGCGACAAUUCGGGCUUACCUUGCUCGUUUUGUAUCCUCACGCGUCCCCGACUGUAGGGAAAGCAGAUCGGACUCUAAGAUAGAGGAAUUACCAGAAACCGAAGCCGAGGACAACAACGACGACGAAAUAAACACAAUGGCAACAUAUGGAACGCAAUUGCAAAGUGGCGAAGGUGAAAUUCAACAACGUCAACCAUUUUAUGACAGAUUUGACAUACCUUUCAGUCAACCACGAUUACGUUCAGCUCGCUGGACUCCCCCUUUGUCGCCAAUCAAUCAAAUAGGUCACAAUGACGGCACAGUAAGGACUCUUGAAGAAAGAAAUACAAUACAGGAACCUCCCGACGACGUAACAUCGCAAGAUCUACACAAUCCGUCGCCUAUACGCUCCCUGGUUCAUUCAGUGAGCCCCGAAAUCAAGGAUUCUGACAGCCCGCCAACUCCUUUUAAAUUGUUACUGCAGGUGUGGCUGGAAAUCGUACUUACGGCGAGUGCACUUCUGCUCGCUUGGCUUGACCAACGAAUGGAGGUCCUUUGCCCGGAACAUGAAACAGAUAAAAGAGGGUCGAGUUCGACACCUCCGGACUCCCCUCAUCAUAACUCUGUUUUUUAUUCAAUGCCCCCUCGUACUCGCUCCCAGACUAAACGUCUUUUUGGAGAGGCUGGUCCUCUCGCUUCUCAGCUUCCUGUUGGUCCUCCACAACCGACUCACCCUCCACCACCUAUUCCUCAGUCUACCCCUUCACCGAAACUUCCUCCACCUCCUAUUGGCUUGGUUGAUCCAGGCCCGAUCGACAAGACUGUUGCUGCCUUGAGAGAAGUUAUGACAAGCGCAGCCAUUCGUGACAUCUGCGAAGAUGCCGCACGUCGCUACCGUCAGACAGGGCUUAUUCACACCCGUCCUUUUGUUUUGAGUACGGCGCAAGCCUAUCUCAUUGCAGCAGAACCCACGGCAAAUGGUGGAUUUCGUCAGGAGAUGGUGUUGUUGAACACCGGCGCUAUGUUGUACAACCCCGAGAAGAAAGACAAUUCCUUUCAACUUGGGCAUGCAUAUGUUCGCUUUUACCCCAAUGUCGCACCUCUUCCUAUUGCUCUGAAAGCUGUACUCGCCCAACAUUUGGUGUACACUUACAAGGAACGUCAGCCUACCGACCCAGCAGUUGCCCGAGUGGAGCUAGCGAGUGGCACCCAUAGUCUCAAGGCUUCAGACUUCAAGACUGCGGGACCGUUCCAAGUAGACCCUUCGUCCUUGGAGAAGGAGUGCAAUGGUAAGUCUCGAUUGUCAUCAGAAGGGCAUUCGAGGCAUUUAAAAUCCGUAUACGUAGCUAUUGUGGCAGAAGCGACGGACUCGGAUGAGCCGCCAGAAUUGAUUGAUGUGGACGAAGUCAAAAGUGGUGUUGACGAGGUCAAGAUGGACGUCGAUGACGCCGAACUUGAUAACAGCAAGGCCAACAUGGACAUUGCCGUACCGGACACCUCUUCCAAGCUACCCAUUAGAUCGCGAACCAUACGCCCACCAUCCCCUACCUCUUCUACGGUCUCUAAUUGCGGUUCUGACACCACCAUGGAACUGCAGUAUCCUAGUGCUCCAACUCCCCCAGCCUUACCUGCCGCUGAUCCUUCCAGUCUUCGAGUCAAGCCAGCUAACACCACUGGAAUCCCUACGCCAUUCUUUGACAGCCGGUUAACACCUAGGACUCGGAUCUUACCCAGCGCAUUACUCUCUGUUGGCGAGUUGGAACGCCUUAUUGAGCGUCCCGCUGUUGGCCGUCCGAUUUUUAUCGAACUUGAUCCAAUUCCUGAAGUGGAUUUCGGCAAACUCACAUCCAUUUUCCAAGUCCAGAACCAUGCCAUUGUCUGUGAACAUCCUAGGGAGAGUCAUGGAAGGCUUCAGCAGGCGUAUCGUGCACUUUUCGACGAAUUUCAGUAUCAGAUGAUUGAAGAAAAAGCCGAACACUUCUAUGAUGCUGGCGAAACACCCAGUGAGGCCAACCGUCAGGCAGUAGCCAAGCAUUUCGAACAUUCGGAGGUGUGUCGACAGUUGACAAACAGGUUCCGGUUCAGACAGUUCAUGUCCCAUACCAUACCAUUGCAACCAUUGAUGGAACAAGAGGAGUUUAGCCGAGAAAAUUGGCUGGAGGAGAACGAGUUUGGAGGUAUAUCUGUAGGGGAAGCAGGAAGGUGGAAGUACCGAAAGCUGAUUGCUCUUAGCCUUGACCGUCAACUUUAUCGGGCCAUGCGCUUCACCACGGAGUAUUUCCUGCUCCGAAAGGUGGACCACUUGUUCCGUGCCCGUUAUUUCGCAUACGUCACUUACCCCAAUGCUCUCGAACGUUACCAACACUUCCAUGAUAACCGAUUUUUGAACGCCGAGCAACGCCGUUGGUUGAUUACUGCCUGGGAGAUUUUUAUUCACUUACAGGAUGUCGAAAUAUCGGCGUUGGUACAGUUUUCACUCCGUAUGAAAUACCGAGACUCGGAGGCCUUGGACACCUUGCACCAGAAAGGUUUGAUGCCCAAAUUCCCGACCAUUUUACCUGGUAUAGUCUCCAGGACCUGGAAUGAGACUCUCUCAUGCCAGGAGGAUGUUGGAACAUUCAACGCCCAUGUUGCUUUACCUGCCUCUACUCCGAAACUCGACCAUUCCUCACCCAACCCCAGAAUCCCUUUCCGAUUGCCUCGAACUCUGGCCCCACUACUUAACCCACCUUCUGACAUUUUUUCUGCACCUAACCCGUCCUCUAAAGCUGCCGUUCUUUAA